GCUUCCAGUUGAUCUUCAACAAUUCCGGCAGCAUCAACCUCUACCAGCAAAAUGGAACCCUACUCCGGCCUCUCUUUGAAAGCGGACCUCUGGUCGGGCAGUUUUACCAUAGACUGGUGCUAGAACAUGACGGAGUCCUCCGCCACUACGUGUAUCCUAAGUCUGCUAAUUCAUCCUCGGCGUGGUCUGUACGUGACUUUGAGCCUUCCAACAUAUGCAGCGCUGUUGUAGAACGUCAUACAGGCGGCGGUCCUUGUGGUUUCAACAGUUACUGCUCAAUUAAAGCUGAAGGACGACCGAGCUGCAACUGCCCCUUAAAUUACUACCCAAGGGGUGGUGGCCUUAGUGGUUGCACGCCCGAUUUCAUGCAACAAAGAUGCGACCAUCAACAAGCGCAGGAUGCACAGAGUUUUGGAUUGAUAGAGAUGUACAACAUAGAUUGGCCUGGCGUGGAUUAUACAAAGUUGAGGAACGUCGACAAAGAUACCUGCCGUCAAUCCUGCCUUUCCGAUUGUUUCUGUGCUAUUGCAAUAUAUUAUGACGGAGAUUGUUAUAAGAAGUCUCUGCCCUUCUCCAAUGGGAGGCUGGAUUCUGGUUUUGCCGGAAAGGCCUUGAUAAAGGUCAGGAUGAACAACACUUUGGCAUCGAAUCCCUACACCACUACCUCAGGCGGAGAGAGCAGUAAGAGUAGCGGUUCCACUACUCUUACCAUAACAUUGUCGGUCCUAUUAGGCUGUGCAGGGUUAUUGUUUCUUCUUUCGAGUUUCUUUUUUGUUUUCUACUUGAAACGUAGAAAAACAACAAUUGUGGAACAGAGGAGUCAUGUGCAACCUGCUGUAGUGAGCACGAUAAGUAGCUUCAGCUUCAAAGAGGUAGAAGAAGCUACCAAUGGAUUCGAUGAAGAAUUGGGGAGGGGUGCUUGCUCCAUAGUCUACAGAGGUACUCUGAAAGAUGAUGGAAAAGUUGUUGCCGUCAAGAAGUUGCACAAGAUUUUCGAACAAGCAGAUGAUGAGUUCAAAGCCGAAGUGAGCUCAAUUAGCAGAACCAACCAUAAGAACCUUGUGCAGCUGGUAGGAUAUUGUGAUGAAGGGCAAAACAGAAUAUUGGUGUACGAGUUCAUAACCAACGGAUCUCUAGCCACUUUCCUCUUCCAAAAAUUACCAAGGCCUAACUGGCAUACAAGAGUGCAGAUUGCAUUUGCAAUAGCAAGAGGGAUUUGCUAUCUGCACGAAGACUGCAGCAUGCCCAUCAUACACUGCGACAUCAAGCCUCAGAACGUGCUUCUGAACGAGACAUUCACCCCCAAAAUAGCAGAUUUUGGGCUAUCCAAGCUUCUCAAAGCUGAUCAGACAAGAACCAUCACUGGAAUAAGAGGGACAAAAGGAUAUGUGGCUCCGGAAUGGUUCAGGAACAUGCCUAUAACAGUCAAAGUGGAUGUGUACAGCUUCGGAAUCAUGCUGCUUGAGCUGAUGUGUUGCAGAAGGAGUUAUGAAGCGGAUGUGGAAGACGAGGGAGAAGCGGUUCUUGCUGACUGGGCCUAUGAUUGUUACCAACAAGGGGCAUUAGAUUUGUUGGUGGCGGGCGAUGAGGAGGCGAGGAGUGACAUAAAAACGUUGGAGAUAUAUGUGAAGACAGCCAUAUGGUGCAUUCAAGAAGAUCCAACAUUGAGGCCUCACAUGAAUAUAGUAAUGCAUAUGCUUCAAGGAUCAAUGCAAGUCCCUACUCCUCCAGAUCCUACUGCAUUUAUACACUGA